CACACACUACACGAAGAGAGAAAGAAAAUAUGAAAGAAAGAUGCUUUGGCGAAAAUCAACUAAUUCCAAGUUUGGUGUUUCCACCAUUGGCAUUGUGCCAUGCUUCAUAAAAGUGUGCAUAUAUACAGUCUAUUGCACGGCUGGCAUUCGUUUGGCCGCAUCGCUUCAAUUCAAGCCAUAAGAACACAACACUAACAAACGGACACACGGAUUUCGUCGAAAAAUGGAAUAAAAGAAGCAUUGUUAAAACGACAAAAAUUAAGUGAAACAUUUCCUAACAUGAAGGGCAAUUCAUUUAAGUAAUUCAGUUGAUUGCACUUUCAAUUGUUUUUAAUCUUAUGAGACGAGGAGCUGGUGUUUUUUUUCCUCUCGUCGCAACUGAUGUUACCCGAAUAGCAAAAAUAGCCAAGUAGAAGGGAAAAAAUAUCUGUGUAAAUGACACAUUUGUGCCAAAUAACGAAAUCUGGAUCCAGGAAAACGAACAACUCUGAACGUGACACAAAUUCGGUCGGGAAAUUGCAUUCGCCAUUAGUUUUUCUUUCUCUUCUAUCGCUCUCUCGUGAUAUCCGUACUCGACAGUGAAUUAGGGUGAUUUGGUCGCCGGAAAAUAGCCCGAUUGCAUUUAAAAUUAAGAACCAUUUGUAUUUGAAUAUUACGGAUGUGAAUUCCAUUUCUACGGCAUUUCUGCUGCACGGAAUAUAAACGAAUGAAUUGUGAAAAGAAAAAAUCAUAUCUAAAUGAAAUUUGCAACGCAUCAAACAAUGAGUGUUGAUUGUCAUUAGAUCAAAUAUAGUGAUGCAUUUUCAUUCAUCAUGUUGCUGAAUAGUGCAUCCAAUACAAAAACUAUGAAAUCCAAUUUGAAGUUCGAUCAUGUAUUCAUCUAUACAAUGGAUCGUAUCGUUUGGUUUAUUGUUUUGACAGUCGUCGCCAAUUUUAUAUUGGAGUUUUCGGGCGUAUGGGCACAAACAAAAGACAGCCAAAGCUAUGGCCCACCAGCUGCGUCAUAUCAUUUACCACAACAGCGUAUUUCGAACAAUGUUCGGCCAGACGAUGUUGAACUCGUGGAUCCAAUGCAGACAUCACCAUCGGAAAAUAAUGGUCGUGCGGCGCGAAACAAACUAUUUGAUAACAUUUUCAAGAUACCCAUUUCAACACUGAACGCUGUCAAUGAUUUACUUCAAGGAAUUGGCGGUACAUUUGGUGCUAGUGGAUAACUAGUUCGAACGAUUCGCACCAAUUUUAAUAGGCCACGAAGAAUUGGGCGAAAUUAUGCCAACUAUAGAUUUAUACCAUGAUUACAGGCUUCAUUUCGCUCUUGAGCUAUCCUCAUCCUAUUCGAUUUUCGUAUACUUUUUUAUUCGCUUUUUCACAAAUCCAUAGAUUUCCGAUGUGCACUUUUUUUGACGUCUGUGCUAAUUCGGAACCCCAAUGAACGCAUCGAAUGUUCGAUUAGAACCGAAAAAAUAAAAUAAAAUAAAAGUCCGUACGGCUGAAGGACUUAUAUCUAUAUAUACUAUUUAAAAAAGAAAACUAGUUAAAGUCAAAUAAAAUUCAAAAGAGUAACUCAAAUGGUACUUGUUUUAAUUGCA